GUGGUUACAGCAUUCGAGUGCCACACUUCGAGACGCACAGCGAAAGACAAAAAAACCGGCCAGGAUCUACUCACCGAGGCAGGACUUCAAGUUUUAGAAUCCCAAACUCCCAAGAUGAAGGUGUUCAUUGUACUCUGCGCCCUGGUGGCCUGCGUUUCGGCCGGAGUGGUGCGCUCCUCGGGCUGGGGAUCAAGUCCUUGGGGCAGUGGCAGUUCGGGAUGGAACAGUGGCUGGACCGUCCAGCAGCCCCAGGUCGUCAAGGUCAUCAAGCUGGGCGGCAACUCCGGAUGGGGAGGCGGCAACUCUGGAUGGGGCGGCAACUCCGGAUGGGGCGGUAACUCUGGAUGGGGCGGCAACUCCGGAUGGGGCGGCAACUCCGGAUGGGGCGGCAACUCAGGAUGGGGCGGCAACUCCGGCUGGAGCAGCGGCAACUCUGGUUGGUCCAGCUCCGGCUCCAAUAGCGGCUGGUGGUAAGGCAUUCUGGAUCAUUCUGGACCACCUCUAGGAGAGAAAACCCAAUCCCUAAUCCGCAGUCCCCCAGUUUCCCACUCCCCUCCCUCUGCACCUGGUUCACUAUUCACGAUUCUGUAACAUAGUUUUUAAGUACCUUUUUUUUGUGUAACAAAUGAAUAAAUAAAUAAAUCAAAUGCAUAAACCCAA